AUGCGCCGUCCUUCCCUGAUCGCACCGCUGCCUGGAGACCCCGGGAGGGAGGGGGGAGCAGAGCAACAAGAUGGACCGGAGGGGAGUGAAGGCGCACAGCGACUCUGUCAACUCCAUUAGACUCUUUCUAAGACCGCUGCUACCCCACAAUGACUGGCACCUAUGGAGAAACGCACAGAGUAUCUACACUCGAAGGUCCCAUUAACUGGACUAUUACCUUGAAAGCCAUUCAGACUGACAAGUUCCUAUCUCUGCUAUUGAGUAUGGUUCCUAUAGUGUGCCACAAAAACCAGGAGGAGAGACUGAAGAAGGUCAAUUGCCUGUCACCCACGGGGAAUGGUUUUAACCUUCGAGCAGACCAGCACUUGGAAUACCAUCACUUUUCGGAACCAGUAUAUCACGGAAAUGGCCCGCAUUGUACAAACAUUUGCAGCACAAAUUAUGACUAUAAUAGUUAUGAUUACUGUGACGGGAGGGAUUCUUCUGAAACCGAUUCCAUGCUGCAGGACGGCAGGCCACCUGGCGAUGGAGAUAACGAUGCCCUUUUGGAAGGGAGCAAAAAGCCGCCAAAAGAAUCAAGUAUUUUCAUGGCCCUGCAGAUUCUUGUGCCAUUUUUGCUAGCUGGGUUUGGAACAGUGUCGGCUGGUAUGGUUUUAGACAUUGUACAGCAUUGGCAAGUAUUCAAAAACCUUCCAGAAGUUUUCAUCUUGGUUCCUGCGCUGCUUGGUCUUAAGGGGAACCUAGAAAUGACAUUAGCAUCUAGACUGUCAACUGCUGUUAAUGUUGGGAAAAUGGACUCACCAAUUGAAAAAUGGAAUCUAAUCAUUGGUAAUCUCGCUCUAAAGCAGGUACAGGCAACAGUAGUUGGUUUCUUGGCAGCUGUGGCAGCUGUUAUAUUGGGCUGGAUUCCAGAGGGAAAAUAUCGCCUCGAUCACGCUAUACUUCUGUGCUCCAGUAGUGUAGCUACAGCCUUCAUCGCCUCCCUUCUGCAAGGUAUUAUCAUGGUUGGAGUUAUUGUUGGAUCAAAGAAAACUGGCAUAAACCCAGACAAUGUGGCCACUCCUAUUGCUGCCAGUUUCGGGGAUCUUAUUACUCUUGCCAUUUUAGCGUGGAUUAGUCAGGGACUCUACUAUUGUAUCGGUAUGUUCUCCUUGUUAUCUCCAUUGGUUGGUUUCUUCUUUUUGGCUUUGACUCCAAUAUGGAUUGUUAUAGCAUCUAAACAUCCAGCAACAAGAACAGUUCUCCAUUCUGGCUGGGAGCCAGUCAUUACUGCGAUGCUUAUUAGCAGCAUUGGUGGUCUUAUAUUGGACACAACGGUUUCUGAUCCGAACCUGGCUGGAAUGGUUGUCUAUACCCCAGUCAUUAAUGGCAUUGGCGGUAACUUGGUAGCCAUUCAGGCCAGCAGAAUUUCUACCUACCUCCAUUUGCACAGUAUGCCCGGCGAAUUGCCAGAAGAGGCCAAAGGAUGUUACCAUCCAUGCAGGACUUUUUAUGGAUCAGGAGUAAACCAUAAAUCGGCACAAGUUCUCCUGUCCUUGGUGAUUCCAGGGCAUUUAAUUUUUUUAUACACCAUCUAUUUAAUGAAGAGUGGACACACAUCCCUGACUCCUAUCUUCAUAGCCGUUUAUUUAUUGGCCGCCAUGUUGCAGGUAUAUGCUCUUCUGUGGAUUGCAGACUGGAUGGUGCAUCAUUUUUGGAGGAAGGGAAAAGAUCCAGACAGUUUUUCCAUUCCUUAUCUCACUGCCUUGGGAGAUCUUUUAGGAACUGCCUUACUUGCCUUAGGUUUUCACAUACUCUGGCUUAUUGGAGACAGAGAUGGAGAUGUUGGCGACUGAUGAAGAUUCUGGCAGGCUAAGCAGAUUUGUGACCAAGCUCUUCUAAAGAGAAUCAUCUAUAUUUCAUAUCCUGCCAAGGAUGAAGAUCCAAUCGCUGUCAUUUCAAAUUCCUUAACUAUCAAUAGAAAAUAAACUUCAUUGGAAGUCAGCUGAAACACAAUGGUUUCAACGAACAGUUUAAUCUCAAAAUGCACCAUGCAUAUUUUUCAAUUGUUUUUUUUUUUCCUUCUUCGUUGUUAAUUUAACGGAUCCGUGUUUAAAGAAUAUUUAUGCAUUAUUCCUAUGGUUUGCUGAUGUUUGGCAAACAUGGAAUUUAAUGCUGAUUUUUUUUUUUUUAUAAUUCUUAUUUUUAAUAUAUUUUUGAGAUUACAUUUAUUAUUAAUGCUUAUACAAUUGCUUUCUCCACCCUCCUUCCCCCAACAAAUUCAGUGUUUGUCUUAGAGCUUUUAGUCUAAUGUAUCACUCAGAUUUCCAUACUUUUAAUUUAUUCAACAUUUUCCAAUUUGUACUCGUAAAAAAAUGAACAGAUAAAACAUUUCAGAACUUGUUUAUAGUACAGGGUGGAAUUAUAGCUUCAUGCGAAACGUUCAAAAUUAUAUGAUCAUUUUAAAUGGUACAAUUUAUGUAGAAUCAACCUUAUCUUUGUUUUGACUUUAAUAUGAGAAAUGUUACCACUUAUCCCACUUCAAAACAUUAUGCAAACUGGAUAUAUUUUAUGUGGAAAAUCUAUUAAUCUAUAUACAGUAUAUAUUCUUCAUCUACAUUCGUAGCAUUGCAAGUGUUCUAAGGGUCUGGAUGAGUCACAGAUCUACCUUUAACAGAAGUGCCUCCAAGGCUCUUUUGUGACAAGUGUCACAUACAUUAAUAUUGUAUUUGAAAGAAAUACACAGGUACUAUUUUGUGUGUUAGGCACUGUGGCCAUGUGAAAUAUGUUUACAUUGAUAUGAUGCCAAUACUAUGUCAUGAUGAUGUUUAACCAUUUUCAAAAAGCAAUCUAGACACAGCGAGGGUUAUGUAUAAAAGUGUUGCAUUCCCCCCUCCCCUCAAAAAAAUGUGUGCUCACAUUAAAUAGUGGUUUAAAAGUUGCGAAUGUUGUCACAUACACUUUGUACAUGUGAGCCCAAAGGUGUGCAUGUUUUAGAUCACUUUAUUAAAUCACAUCCUGUGUCUAGCUCUAUCUGCCCUGGGUAAAGAGUCACAAAGUCAUACCUCUCAGAUAUGUCAGAUGUGAUGGGCCAGCCCCAAUUUGGGUCUCCAGUACUGACAUGCCGUGUUUGUUCUAUGGCGUUUUGCAUCUGGGGACACCAGAAAGAUGUUCUCAGAACACAGAGCAUCAGAACACGACUGUGAUCUGCCCACCCCCUGUUUGCAUACUUACCUCCCAGUGCUGAGAUAGGUAUCCAGUAUAAGAAUAAACUGUUUCAAGAUGACAAUAAAAAAAAGUUACAAAAGGGUCACAUAUUUGCACCAUUAAAGGGUGAAAAAGUAAAACUAUACCACUAUAUAGAUACUUGGUGUUCGAGACAGUGCCAUUACGUAUACGUAACCCCUCUGUGUAUACAUGUUUUCAUGUUUACUUUCGCACAAGUGCUUUGUUCAAAGCGCACAGGUUUUACAUGUUGUCUGUUAUUUUUUAUUUUUUUUUGUUUUGUUUUGUUUUCAUUUAGUAGUGUACAUGCAUAUUGACAAAAAAGAAAAAAAAGUAAUGGUAACAUCAUUCAACCAUUGUGCAUACACAUUGCUUUUCUAAAGGGUAGAAAAAUGAACAACACAUUUAAUACCUAUUCGUACAAAAGAAUAAAUUUAGAUGUUUACUGUCUUAAUUUUAACUCUUUUAGUGAUACAUUGUUAAACCAGAUACUGAAGAUUUUAAUUGUAUUCAAAUUUUAGUUAUAUGUUCAUAGGCAACAUGUCUUUUAUUCAUUCCUAGCUUUUCAUUUUCAGACACAUUAUUGUUUGAAUCUAAAUUUAAAGUCCCUUGCUUUUAACAUUGUUCUUAAAAACCUAAAAAAUCAUCAUUAAAAAUGAACCAAGGCAUGAUUACUCGAUGAUGCCUAUUGUUAACUGCCAAUAAAGAUAUGUAAGGACUCAUA